CACCGCCGCCGGCGCCGCUCCACCUCCGUGUCAGUUGUUGGGCUGUAAUGGCGGCUGGGCCGCCGCAGCCGAAGUGACUCCCGGGCGGGGAAGCAGGGCAAGACCUGCGCCAAAGGAAACUGCAGAGAGCCGCAGCUCAGCGGGUGGCUUGCUGUGGGGGAGGGGAGGCAGCCUUUCCGCCUCUCCUUCCAUCCCUGCAGACCGGCUGAUCCCGGGAGCCAGUGCGAGGCGGGCGCCCGGUGUGUCCCCAGAGCGCGGAGGCCAGGCCCGGCAGCCCUGGGGCCGGUCGGGGCGGCGUCACUGCACCCUCCGCCAGGCCCCCCGGGAUGCACCGUGGGAGCCGAGGGCGGAGGCGACACUCUCAGGUAAAUUGGCAGGAUGUGGAGCAGCAAAUCAAAAGAGGUGCCUUUACCAAAUCCAAGGAACUCUCUAAGCAAGGAUACUGUUCAAGCAGAUAUAACCACAUCGUGGGAUGCACUUUCUCAGAACAAGGCUGCUCUGAGACACAUUGAAAACAAAUUAGAAGUAGCCCCUACAAGUACAGCUGUGUUUGAUUCUGUCAUGGAUACCAAGAAAUCUUCUGCAAAUGCUACCAGAAAAAUAAGCAGAAAAGAUGGUAGAUACCUGGAUGAUUCUUGGGUUAAUGCUUCAACCUCCAAAUCUUCUAAAUCACGAAAAGAGAAAUCUCGUAGUCCUCUGAGAGCUACCACUCUGGAGAGUAAUGUGAAGAAAAAUAAUCGUGUGGAAUUUCGUGAUCCCUUGGUUUCUUAUAGGGAAAUCCAUGGUGUACCUUCUAAUUUAAGUUCCAACCAUCUGGAGUCAAAGCUUAUAUAUUGUGUGGAUGCUAAUGAAGAAAAGACUGAGAGUGGGAACCGAAUGAUACGCGAUCGAGAAGAACAGAAUAUGUGUUGCUGUGAUUUUGAGAGCUCCCAAUCAUCUGUCAUAAAUGAUACAGUUGUUAGGUUUUUAAAUGAUAGGCCGGCAAUCGAUGCAUUGCAAAAUUCUGAAUGUUUGAUUAAGAUGGCAGCUCCUUUGAGAACUGAGGAAGAAAAGCCUAAUAGAUCAAAAGGAAGUGAGAAUAAUUUGAAGGCUUCUGUGAGUAAUAUGAGCCAUGAAGUUGAUCCAAAAGUAUUACGGCUAACUGACUCUUCCCCGUCCUCUACUAGUACUUCCAGUUCCCAAAGAUUAGAUAUUUUAAAGCGGCGACAACAUGAUACCAAACUGGAAAAACUCAAGGAGCGGAUUAGGAAACAGUGGGAACACUCAGAAGAAACAAAUGGCCAGGGCCAGAAUCUGGGUCAUAGCGACCAUCCGGUAGUGGUUGUCAAUGUUGACAGCUCAGUCACAGCAAAAGUCAGGAAAGUGGCAACAGCACCACCUGCUCCAGCAUAUAAAGGCUUCAACCCUUCAGAAACCAAGAUUCGAACCCCUGAUGGGAAAAUAUGGCAGGAGGCUGAGUUUCAAAACAUGAGUAGAGAACUGUAUCGAGACUUAGCACUACACUUUGCAGAUGAUAUCUCUAUAAAAGAGAAACCUGCUGAAAAAAGUAAAGAGAAGAAAGUGGUCAAACCAGUACGAAAAGUCCAAAAGGCAAUGCAGUUAUCAAGUCCAGAAUGCAAAACAGGUAGUAGUCGUCUGAUAAGUACAUCUUCUUGGCGAGAUGGGCAAAAAUUAGUAAAGAAGAUUCUGGGACCUGCACCCAGAAUGGAGCAAAAGGAGCGAAGAACAGUAUCAAGUGACAGAAGUGGAAGAGAAAGAACUACUAAAUCUGGGAGUCAUAUUGGAAGAGCAGAAUCUGAUCCCAGGUUGGAUGUUUCACAUAGACGUCUUCCACAAAGCUCAGAACGUUCGAGAAGUAGAGCUCGAUCUGAAAAUAAUAUAAAGAAAUUAGCUCCAUCUCUUCCGGAUAAUAAGCAAGAGGAAGCUACUGCCUUAAAUAAGGACUUUUUACCUGUUGAAAUUCGUGGAAUUCUUGAUGACCUGCAGCUGGAUUCUGUAACUCAGACUACAAGGCAGGAGACAGGAGAACUACAGAAUCAGAAGUUAUCAGCACCAGGCCAGGCUCCUAGGAGUCAUAGCCCAGUGAAAAGAAAACCUGACAAAAUAACUGCUAAUGAAGAUCCCCCUGUUAUUUCCAAAAAACGCCACUAUGACACAGAUGAGGUACGACAGUACAUUGUUAGACAGCAGGAGGAGAGGAAGAGGAAGCAAAAUGAAGAGAAGAAGGCUCAAAAGGAGGCGACUGAACAGAAGAAUAAGCGAUUACAAGAACUGUACCGGAAACAGAAAGAAGCCUUUACUAAAGUAAAAAAUGUCCCGCCUUCUGAGCCAUCAGCAACUAGGCGACUACAGGAAACUUAUUCUAAAUUGUUACUAGAAAAGACGUUGCUUGAAGAGCCAUCACAUCAACAACAUGCUACACAGGAAACACAGGCCAGACCAGGGUAUCAGCCAUCUGGAGAAUCCGACAAAGAAAACAAAGUACAGGAACGUCCCCCAAGUGCGUCUUCUAGUAGUGAUAUGUCUCUAUCAGAACCUCCACAGCCUCUUGCAAGAAAAGACUUGAUGGAACCUACAUGGAUGCAGCCUGACAGAUUGAGCCCACGAGUCCACCAUUCUCAACCACAGCCCCUUGUUGGAACAGCUGGAAAUUUACUGUCCCAUCUCUUGAGUCUAGAGCAUGUAGGAAUUUUGAAUAAGGAUUUUGAAUCUAUUUUACCAACCAGGAAGAAUCAUAAUAUGGCUUCGGCGCCAUUAACUUUUACACCUCAAACAUAUCUGACCUCACCAGCUGCUCAUCCAGAUGCCUUGUUAAAACCUAGUGCUAGCCAAUAUAAGAGUAAACUGGAUCGUAUUGAAGCUUUGAAAGCAACAGCUGCUUCUUUAUCCAGCAGGAUUGAAAGUGAAGCUAAGAAAUUAGCUGGGGCCAACAUUAACUAUGGGUCAUUAUGGAACACUGAGUGUGAUAUGCAGCAAGCACCUCAAGAAGAUGAACCUUGGACCAAGGCGAUAAGUCCACCUGUGAAAGAGGAUACUGAAGAUGUUUUCUCUGCCCGAAUUCAAAAGAUGCUGGGAACUUGUGUAUCUCAUGCAACCUUUGAUAAUGAUCUUCCUGGUGUAGGCAACCUUAGUGAAUUUAAGAAGCUUCCUGAGAUGAUCAGACCUCAUAGUGCCAUAUCAAGCUUCAGAAUGAGAUCCCCUGGUCCUAAACCAGAAGGGCUGUUGGCACAGUUGUGUAAGAGGCAGACUGACUCUUCUAGCUGUGAUGUGCAAGCCUGUUCUCAAGAUAAAGCCAAAAUGUCACAUGGUUCCAGCACAGAUUCAAUCAGUGAAGGGCCACUUCUUAGUGAGGGGAGUCUCUCUGAAGAAGAGGGAGGCCGAGAUGGGCGGCCCCUUUUGAAGGUGGCAGAAAUCUUAAAAGAAAAGGAAUUUUGUGCUGGAGAAAGAAAUACUUAUGAACCCAUCAAAGAGUUUCAGAAGGAGGCAGAAAAAUUCUUGCCACUUUUUGGGCACAUAGGUGGUACACAAAGCAAAGGACCGUGGGAAGAAUUAGCAAAGGGAAGUCCACACAGUGUCAUUAAUAUUUUUACAAAAUCGUAUCAGUUAUACGGAAAAGGCUUUGAAGACAGAUUGGAAAGAGGAGCAUCAGCAUUGCGGCCUUUGAAUACCAUCAAAACCCCUCUAAGCAGUGUUUCGUAUGAAGAUGACUUUGUUUCCUCUCCAGAGAGUGGGACUUUGACAGAAAAAAAAUCAGCUCUUGAAUUUACUGUAGGCAUUCAAGAGGAGCAUUCUAGCAGAAAGUCUGCGUAUCUUUCUUCUGUGGACGUUACUUCCCAGCAUUCGUCAGGGGCCCAUUCUGCUGCAUCAUCUCGUUCAUCUACUUCUUCUAAAGGAAAGAAAGGAAAAAAAGAAAAGAUAGAACGGUUGGAUUCACUUACUGGAAAUGUUCAAAACUCUGUUCUUGAUGAGGAAAAAAUACAAUCUGGCUCAGAACGUGGCUCCUAUCAAGGAAAGAAACCUGGGACCAGUAGCAAACAUUCUGUUAAAGAUUAUGAGCAGACUCUUGACUCUGAGAGCAUGUUGGAGGAUCUUUCUGGACAUUCUGUGAGUGUCUCAUCAGAGAAGGGAAGAUCUCAGAAAACUCCGACUUCUCCUCUGUCUCCAAGUUCCCAGAAAUUGUUGCAGUUUGACCUUCCAGGAACUUCGUUGGAAAAGACUCAGCCCUCAGUAAUAAUACCUCCAACUACAACAGCAUUUAAACCUAAUGCAGCUUUCACAGAUAUUAACCUAACUGCUAGUAGAACAACUACAGAUAUGGCUUCAACACCAGGUUCUAAGCGCUUUUCCCCUGCUGGCCUCCAGCAUCGUUUGGCAGCAGAACUCAAUUAUUUGAGUGCCAUCGAGGAGUCCAUGCGCCAACUAUCAGAUGUAGAAAGAGUUCGAGGCAUUUCACUUGCUCAGCAGGAGAGUGUGUCUCUGGCGCAGAUCAUAAAGGCACAGCAGCAACGCCAUGAAAGAGACUUAGCCCUUUUGAAGUUGAAGGCUGAACAAGAGGCUCUGGAGAGCCAGAGACAAUUAGAAGAAACCCGAAACAAAGCAGCACAGGUUCAUGCAGAGUCAUUAAAGCAGGUAGUUAAAUCACAACGGGAAGUAACUGAAGUCCUGCAGGAGGCAACAUGUAAAAUAGCAGCUCAGCAAACAGAGACUGCUCGCCUUACCACGGAUGCAGCACGCCAAAUCUGUGAGAUGGCAGAGUUGACUCGAACUCACAUCUCAGAUGCCAUCACUGCUUCAGGAGCUCCCCUAGCAACACUAUAUGACCACCAGCGGCAACAUCCUCCAGACUUUGUGAAACAGCUGAGGACCAGAGCUGAAACAGAUAGGAAAAGUGAAUCUGUUUCACUCUCUCAGAGUAAAGAAGGGACCCUUUACUCAAAGCAUCAGAAGUAUUCUCCUUCAUAUGAUAGUUAUUCUGAGUCAAGAUACAAGAAUCACAAUCGAAGGAGUAGCAGUGGUAGCAGCCGUCAAGAAAGUCCUUCAGUCCCAUCUUCUAAGGAAAAUGAAAAGAAACUUCAUGGUGAAAAGACGGAGAGUUCUAUUGAUGAACAUGUUCAGACUGCAGCAGAUGAUUCUGUACGAAGUGAUAGCAUUCCAUCUCUUCCCGAUGAGAAAGAUUCAACUUCUAUUGCAACAGAAUAUUCCCUGAAAUUUGAUGAAUCCAUGACAGAAGAUGAAAUAGAAGAAAAAUCAUUUCGAUCUUUACUACCUUCAGAGAGUCAUCGCAGAUUUAACAUGGAAAAGAAAAGAGGCCAUCAUGAUGACUCUGAUGAAGAAGCUUCCCCAGAAAAGACUACACUGUCCUCUGUCAAGGAGCUGAGCAUGCCGUUCUCAGGAGGACAAGAUAGUUUCUCUAAAUUUACUAUGGAGAUGGUUCGACAGUAUAUGAAAGAAGAGGAAAUGCGUGCAGCUCACCAGUCUUCACUCCUGCGUCUCCGAGAAAAGGCCUUGAGGGAGAAAACUAAGGCUGAAUUAGCCUGGCUAGAGCAUCAGAAGAAACAUCUACGAGACAAAGGAGAAGAUGAUAAAAUGCCCCCACUCCGGAAGAAGCAGCGUGGUUUGCUCUUAAGGUUGCAGCAAGAAAAGGCAGAAAUUAAACGCCUCCAAGAAGCCAAUAAGGCAGCUCGGAAGGAAAGACAACUGAUUCUUAAACAGCAGGAGGAGAUAGAAAGGAUCCGACAGACUACCAUAAAACUGCAGGAGAAGUUGAAGUCUGCAGGGGAGAAUAAAUUGGAGUCUCAUAGUGAUGAUGAUACAAAGGAUAAUAAGACAACUAGUCCUGGGCCAACUGACUUAGAAACCCGUAGUCCUUCUCCUAUUUCAAUCUCCAGCAGUGAAACUAGCAGCAUUAUGCAGAAACUGAAGAAAAUGAGAAGCCACAUGGAUGAAAAGUUUCUGACAAAGCGAGAGCAAAAACUAAUGCAACGGCGACAGCAUGCAGAGGAGCUGCUAGAGUGGAAGCGGCGUCUAGAUGCAGAGGAAGCAGAGAUUCGUCAAAUGGAAAAACAAGCUUUGGCUGCCUGGGACAAAGAAUUAAUAAAACCUAAAACCCCUAAGAAAGAACUGGAGGACCAGAGAACAGAACACAAAGAAAUAGCCAGUGAAGAGGAAUCUCCAGUACCUUCGUACUCUAAUCUAAACAGUGGAAGCUCUGUUCCCGAAGAACUGGGCAGCCCUGCUGUUGAAUAUUUACCAUCUGAGCCUGUAGUUCAAGAGCAGCCAGGGAGUCCAGAUCACAGUAUACUUACUGAAGAAAUGGUUUUUUCACAGGAACUGGAAUCAUCUACCUCUCCUAGUAAACAUUCGCCUCCCAAAAGCUGCACAUCUGUAUCAAAGCAGGAGUCUAGCAAAGGAAGUCAUAGGACUGGAGGACAAUAUCAUCUACCCAUCAAGUCCCAUCAGCACUGUUACAGUUGGUCAGAUGAGUCAUUGUCUAUGACACAGUCAGAAACUACUUCUGACCAGAGUGACAUUGAAGGUAGAAUCAGAGCUUUGAAGGAUGAGUUACGGAAAAGAAAAUCAGUUGUGGACCAGUUGAAGAAGGAACAGAAAAAAAGGCAAAAGGAACGACUGAAAGCCCAAGAAGCCAGUCUGAUCAAACAGUUAGAGUCAUAUGAUGAAUUCAUUAAGAAGACUGAAGCCGAGCUUAGCCGAGAUUUGGAAACAUCACCAACAGCCAAGCCUCAGAUUAAAACGCUGUCCUCAGCUUCUGAAAAACCCAAGAUCAAGCCCCUUCCACUACACAGAACUGAAACAACAAAGAAUUGGAAAUCACUAACAGAGUCAGAACGUUCUAAAGGAUCUCUGGAGUCUAUUGCUGAACAUGUUGAUGCUGCAUUGUCAGAUUCCGAGAGAUCAGUAUCAGGAAGGUCUUUCUCUUCAUAUGCAAAGAGAGUGAUUGAAUUGGAUAGCGGAGCAGAAGAGCUUUUUCAUACUUCAUCUCCAGUUCUCAGAUCAUCAAGGAAAAAUAGGGCAGAAUCUGGAGAUUCUCUAGAAAAUAUAUCUUCAUUACCUUUACUAAAUGCCCGUAAUAGAAUUCUCGAUGUAUCAGAAGCCAAGAUUGAAGAACAAUCUAAUAAAAAAUCAGAAAUACAAGAGGAGGUGGAAUUUGCAAAAUUGGAGAAGAGUGAGAUUGAAGAUGCCUAUUCUAAACAGUCUGGGAAAUCUGAUGUCUUACUGAAACUAGACCUGGAACAGGGAGAUUCAUCUGAAAUUCUUUCAAAGAGAGAGCUUCCUUUAGAUCCUGUAAAUGUUCAGAAAGAUGUAGUUAGAUUAGCUGUAGAAAAUCUUCAUAAAAAAGAGGAAAUGUUGAAAGAGAGACAGUCAGAUCAAGAUGUGGAUCAUAGUCCAAAAUUCCAGCCAGGAAAAGACAUUCAUGAACAAAAGAACUUAAAGGAAAAGGACUCGUCUUUGUCAGAACAUCUUUCUGUUCCUAGAGGGGUAUCAUACUCUGAAGAUUUUGAAGCAUCUUCUCCUAGGAAAGACGUUUCAGCUGAAUUGUACAAAGAUGACUUUGAGGUGUCAUCUUUGUUGUCACUCGGGAAAGAUUCUCAGCCAAUGGGGAGAUCUAGAAGUAGAGCUACUAGCUUUGAUAGUGAUGAUGAAAUUAGCGAGUGUCUAAGCGAGAAAAGCCUUUCCAUUCAUAGCAGUGUCCACUCUGAAAGGCUGCUGGAACUCAAAUCCCCUACUGAGCUUAUGAAAAGUAAGGAGCGCAGUGAUGUACAGCGUGAACAGGGAGUUACUGAAUCCCUUUCCUUGGCUUCAGUUUCUAUUGCAGAUGAGUUACUUGAUUUCCACAUUGGUGAUAGGGUAUUAAUUGGCAAUGUUCAGCCAGGAACUCUUCGAUUCAAAGGUGUGACUAGUUUUGCUGAAGGAUUUUGGGCUGGAGUAGAGUUGGAUAAACCUGAAGGAAAUAACAAUGGAACAUAUGAUGGUAUUGUGUACUUUGUGUGCAAAGAGAAGCAUGGUAUUUUUGCUCCUCCUCAAAAAAUAUCCCACAUUCCAGAAAACUUUGAUGACUAUAUAGACAUAAAUGAAGAUGAAGACUCUUAUUCAGAUGAACAAUAUCGUCAAUACUAUAAUCAACAACAAAAAGAUACAGAGGUUCCCAAGUCUGAUAGAGAAAAGGAUACAAUUGAAUAUUUUUAUGAAAAAUCUCCAUCUAGCAUGCAUGAUAUAGAAGCCUCAGUUGACAGAAGCCUUAGAAUGGACAAUAUACAGGACAUUUCUGGGGCACUGGAAGCCCAUGUUCACCAGCAAUCUUCAGUGGAUUCACUGGUUUCUUCAAAGGAGAACAAAGACCUUUUUUCUGGUGCCACUGAAAAGGUAUCCAUUGCUGUAGAAGAUGAUACCUUAGACAAUACCUUUUCAGAAGAAUUGAAGAAGCAACCGCAGUUUACAGAAAAGGAAGAGAACUUAUAUUCCGAAGUUUCAGAAAAGCUUUCUACUCCACUUCUGGACCUUUUAACAAGAGAAAAGAAACAAUUGGAAUCUCAGUUGAGGUCAUCACUAAGUGAGGAACAAAAGUCACAGCAACAACUAGAAACAGUCAGCUUACUGACCAACAGUUUAUUAAAAGUCUUUGUGACGGAUACAGUCAAACAACUGCAACAAAUUAAAAGAGUUAGGAAUGAGAAAAUCUACCUUAGCAAUCAGGAGCUUGUUGAUGAUGACCAAGAGAAAGUACCACCCCAAGGCCUGUUCCAAAAUUUUGAGGAACAAUCAUUAAGUGUUCCAAGUUGCUUGUUAAGAUCUGAAUUAGAAGAUGAAAAAGAAGAGAUUUCUUCUCCAGAUAUGUGUCCCAGACCCGAAAGCCCAGUGUUUGGUGCCAGUGGGCAGGAGGAGCUUGCUAAGAGACUUGCCGAACUUGAGAUCAGCCGGGAGUUCCUGAGCGUGUUAGGAGAUGAUCAAGACUGGUUUGAUGAAGACUUUGGUUUGAGCUCCUCUCACAAAGUCCAAAAAAAUAAGGUAGAAGAAACAAUUGUACCUGUAAUGGCAGAAUCUAAAAGACCUCCCCAAAAGCCAUGUGAAACAUUGUUGGCAGUCCCACAUACUGCAGAGGAAGUAGAAAUUCUUGUACAUGAUGCAGCAGAAGAACUUUGGAAAUGGAAAGAAUUAGGUCAUGAUCUGCGUAGUAUCAGUAUUCCUACAAAACUGCUCGACUCUGUAAGCAAGGGUCAAGACAUAGAAAGCAUUAGUAAAAGGGUCUACAAACAGGCGGUUUUUGAUUUAACAAAAGAGAUUUUUGAGGAAAUAUUUGCUGAGGAUCCCAACUUGAAUCAGCCUGUCUGGAUGAAGCCAUGUAGAAUCAACUCUAGUUAUUUCAGACGAGUGAAAAAUCCCAACGACCUUGAUGAAAUCAAGAACUUCAUAGCAACUGAAGUACUCAAAUUGUUCAGUCUUAAAAAGGAAUCGAACCACAAAACAGACUGGCAGAAAAUGAUGAAAUUUGGAAGAAAGAAAAGAGACCGAGUAGAUCAUAUCCUGGUACAGGAGCUCCACGAGGAGGAGGCACAGUGGGUGAACUAUGACGAGGAUGAGCUGUGUGUGAAGAUGCAGUUAGCUGAUGGGAUCUUCGAGACCUUGAUCAGAGAUACUAUUGAUGUUCUGAAUCAGAUCAGUGAAAAACAGGGGAGAAUGCUACUUGUGUGACACCUUGCAAAUAAAUCGAACACUGAGUGCUAACAUGAGUCCUGGGCCUUUCUGCCUCCUGAUAUACACCCCAUCUCCAUCAUAGCAAGAGUGCUUUUGGACUUUGUACCUGUUCUUAAAGACUGCUGGUUUGGAGUUCAUGGGACAUUGUGGUAUAUCUGGUAUUACAGCCUUUGCCUUUAGAGACUGUCCACUGGAUUAAUUGGUUAUUUUCAGUGGACAGAGUUGCACUCCUAAUGUUAACACCCAAUAUAAUUCUACACCUCUUGUUAACACCCCUAUUAAGUCUCAGAUGAGGGCUGAAAACACCAGACUUACCUCUUAGCUUAGACUAGGGUAUCACUUCCUCAAGUCUGAAGUCAGACAAGAGAGCUAUAUAGAUAUAUGCAUCAUAUCAUUUUUUAAUGUAUUGCUGGCCUGUACCAUGAAAGUCAUAAAUGGACAUUACAGUCUCUAAACAGUAUUAAACCCACAACCACUUCUAAAUAGGCAGGUUUAAUGUGUGCCUGUUUCACAUUCUCAAGUUCAUUUCAUUUUUUUUUUUUUGAAGACCAUUUUCUUCCAUUAUUGCAGUUUAGGAGAUCCAAAUGGACUGUCAAGUUAACAGAAAUAAAUGGUAGCCUUGCUUUCUAAGCACCAUCUAAAGAGUUUUAAACCAUUGCAUUAUUUUUAGUUUAUAUGGGCAUGAAAACAAAGAAAUGCCCCACUGAAGACUGGGCUCAAAGGACUGAUGCAGCGCUGGUUCUUCCACCCUUUGUUGUACCUUGCACUUUUCUUACCCCUUCUGAACCUCUGCCAGCUGCUCCCAGAAUCACAGAUACUCAGGACCAUCUCAGGCACCCAGGCAUGGCAAAAGUGGAAAUAAUUCAUUUUGGCCUUCAAACCUUCAACUCCCAUCUCUACCCAAGAAAUCAGAGACACCGUUACUUGAAUGAUUUAGGAAAUGAGUGUGUGCACCAAAGACAAAAAUAUAUCGUCUAUUUUUUGUGUGCUUGUUUUGUGCUAUGGAACAUUUUUUAAUUUAUUUUAAGAUAAAUUAUUGAGUUGAAAAUGUGUGUCCCUAUUCAGAAGUGAAAGAUUCUUGCUUGUAAUAGUUAAACUUCUGUCUUGAAGCUUCUGUGGUUCACAGUCUUUGCACAGGAAACCUACGGUUUGAACAAAUCCAUAUACAUAUCGAAGAAGUCAGUUUAAUUCAGUGAAAAGAAGAUGCGCUGUUCCAAGACCACCUGCAGGAGCAGGAAUGGGAUAAGAUGAUUUAAAGACACUGUACAAUUUAAUCCCACCUCUCCUGCAGCAUUGCUUCUCACAACUAGUACCUACAUCUGAAAAAGUACAUAGACUCCAGCUGCUACAUGAGAGCACACGUGAUGCUCUCCUGGGACCUCAGGGUCCUGCCUUCUUGACUGGUUUCUCUUAAUCAGUCCUAUCCCUCUUCAAGUAAUCUAGAAGAAUGCGGAUAAUCUUAGGCGUGAAUGUAAAUGCCUUAAUAUUGAAGGUCCUGAUUAGAAGCAUGAUAUAAGACAUCUACUGGAUUCAUACUUACAAAUAUCCUGGAAUGUUAUAGCUUCAAAAUAUGUUAGAAAAACCCCAAAGAUGGUCUAAUCUUUUAAGUGUGCAUGUUCGUUCAUUUCUGCAUCUUUCCUCUGAACUUGCCUUUGCGUCUCAAAUUUUUCACUAUGCACACUUCCAUUUCUCUUGGUUUCAUCUUGUCAUUAUGAGAAACUUACUGAAAUAAUCAUUGAAUAUUUGCAUUUUGCACAAUAACUGGUAUGGUAGCUCUUGACAAAUAAGGAAAGCACUGAAAUGUUGUGAUUGGGUCUAGGGGGAUGCUCAGAUCAAUGUAUUACCAGCAUUUUUUCUGGGCUUUUGACGUUGAGCUGUAGUCCUGUAGCCAUAAUGAGCAAAUUGACUAGAGAAGCAAGGAUUUCUUGGGGUUAUUAACCAGUAGUGUGGAAAUAACUAUUUUCAUGUAGCCAAGGAAAAGCAGAGGCUUUGCUUUUCAGUUUGUGUUUGGAAGACAGAAAACAUCUUGUCUCAUCCUUUGGCUGUUUGUAGGAUCACGUUGUCCUUAUGAUACUGCAACUUUAUAGCUGCUGUACAUUUUUUAUAAACUAAUAUGAAAAUAUUAUAGGAGUAUAGGUUCUUUUUCUACACCCUCAUUAUUUGGGCCUAAAAUCAACUUUUAAUAUAAAAGUUUAUCUUUACUCUUUAUGCCAUUACAGUCCCAGAAAAGGGAAAAAUAAUAAUGUAAGUCCAUGGCUCAGCAAUCUGGGCUUAGAGUCCCCUGGUAAGAAAUGCUGCCAAGAAUGUGGCAGCAGGGGCCCUAACGUGCCCCAGCUGUCCUUACUAUGUUAAGUAUCCUGGGUUCCAGAUGAGAGGCAGGAAUAGAUUGGUUUUAUGCCUUGCUGGAAAUGAUUAUUCAUAGUUUGGUAGCAAAAAAAAUCCAAGGAAUCUAUAAUUAGCAGAUUUCUUCUUAUUUUAACUACCUGGAUAUAAUUGUAAAUGGGUUUAUUGUUGGUGUCAGGAAGGAUAAAUACGGAUACCCAGCCACUCGUUCCUUAUUGGGAUCUUUUUAAUCAAGCUCUGCCUCUUAACCAAGAAUCUAAAUAGUCCCUCUUUCUAAUCUUUAUUCCUUCUCCCCACUCCCCCAUCUCUUUCACUCUUUCUUCAUUAUUCCUCUAAGUAAAAGAUCUUUACAUCAGCAGUAAUAUCUUUUAGAAUAGCACCAUCAGAAUUUAGUUGUAAACCAACGUCUAGGCUUCAGAUUUACUUCUGAGUCCAAAAUAAUUUGUGCUAUCCAGGGUCCCUAACUCUGGGUUAAAUAAGUACAGGGUAUAGAUUCCCUCUUCAGGUCUAAACAGGAAUUUUACUCUAGGGAAAAGUGGGAAGAGCUCAAAAGUAGUUAAUAAGGAAGGUAAUUUAUUUUUCUUUUACCUAAAAGAAAAGAAAAUUCCUCCUGUGACUACAGGUCUCUGAGAAAUUAUCUUUCUAAAGAGAUUUCAUUGCUCAUGAGAGUGUUGUGGCCUAUUGAUAAAACCAAUUUUGUUCACUUUCUUGUCUUGAAAAAAGUGGCCUUAGCUUUUUGCAAUACUUGAAUAAAGUGUGUACUCGCAAAAGAAUUUCUGUAGCACAGCAUUAGAGACUCAUAACUUUUAUGCAAGGAGUUCAAACUUACAUCUUCCUUUUACUACCUUAAGAAUACUAGUGAAUAAAACAUUAAUUCAAAAAGCAAAUGAUAGAAACUACAAUGAUGUUUAAUGCAAAUUGUAGGAAUUUAUAUGUUUACAAAUCAUCUUAAACUGGUUGUGCAGCAAUUCAAUAAAAUAUCUUUGUAUUAUAAAAAUGUGAAGAAAAAAAUGUUAACUGAUGUAAAGGAGGUACUGUCAUUUUAAUUAACCUAUGUUUAAUAAUAGCUUUUCCUUCCAGACUUUGCAAAGCCUUCUUGGUAAAACACAUUGCAAAGCAUUCUCUGGGAGGCCCAGCCUCCUUGUGUGUACUGUAUUGUGCAGACAUGAAAAAUAAACCCGUUUACUGUGUAUGUGUAAAUAGCCUGGUCAUCAGGCCAUUUUCAGCCAAUAGUCACAUCCAGUGCAGCUUUGCACAGAAGACUUAAGGGUGUGGUUUGUAAGUAUGAUCUGUAAAAUAACUGGGAUGAAUUCCCGUGUAUACCUGUGUAAAUAGAUUUGUUAACUGAAAUAUACUUUAAGAAAAGAUAAAAUCUGUAAAUAAACUGAUUUAUAAAUUAA